GUAGCUUUGUGCAAAUGAUUUCAAAGUUCAGUGGGCAGUGCUUUUUGAUUAUAUUUUUCUUAUUCGAAUCCAGUUGUGUGAAUUUUGUUAGAGCUGUACCAUAAACAAGGCCAGCAAUGCGUCUAAUUAUCCUCGACGACGCCAGUGUGGUGGCGGAUUGGGCGGCGCGGUUCGUCCUCCAACGCAUCUCGGAGUUCAAGCCUGGACCUGGACGGCACUUCGUGCUGGGCCUGCCCACUGGUGGGACGCCAUUGGGCAUGUACCGGCGGCUCAUAGAUUUCUAUAAGGAGGGGCGGCUGUCGUUCAAAUAUGUUACGACUUUCAAUAUGGAUGAGUAUGUUGGUCUGCCCCGCGACCACCCAGAAUCCUACCAUUACUACAUGUGGAAUGAGUUCUUCAAGCACAUCGACAUCGAGCCCGGCAACGCGCAUGUGCUGGACGGCAACGCGCCCGACCUGGCCGCCGAGUGCCGCCGGUACGAGGAGCUCAUCGCGGCCGCCGGCGGCGUGCAUCUCUUCAUCGGAGGUAUCGGUCCCGACGGCCACAUCGCCUUCAACGAGCCAGGCUCCUCCCUCGUCUCUCGCACGCGUGUGAAGACCCUCGCUUACGACACGCUGGAGGCUAAUAAGCGGUUCUUCGGAGGGGACAUCUCGCAGGUGCCUCGGCAGGCGCUUACGGUUGGCGUGGGGACUGUCAUGGACGCCAAGGAGGUGAUGAUCCUGAUCACGGGCGUGCACAAAGCGCUGGCGCUGUCCCGAGCCGUGGAAGAAGGCGUCAACCACAUGUGGACCGUCUCUGCCUUCCAGCAGCACCCUCAGGCUCUGCUUAUAGCUGAUGAAGACGCUACUUUAGAGCUGAGAGUCAAGACUGUCAAGUAUUUCAAGGCGCUGAGCGAGGAGCACCAACGUCUGAUCGCCGAGCUGCCGGUCGACAAACAGAGGGUGCUGCACUAGCGUAGCGACACCAUAUGGAGCCUCGUCGCCACACAGAAGGGAACAUACGGACACACAGAUAAUUUAUAGUGAAGACAUAAGUUCACGAACAAACAAAACUGAUCAGAAAAAGGCUGGGUUUCAAUCGUCAAUUUUAGUAAAGUGAAUGAAAAAUCAUGUAUUGAAUGUUAGAGAAAAGGGUCUGGUCUGUUCUUAACUUCAAUAUAAGUAAAGAGAUUAUAUCAUUCUAAGCGAUUGUCCUAAAAACAGUGUACUUUUUUUGUUUUAAGUUUGUAGCUUUCCUCGCAUAUUGAGCGGUUAUAACGCUCUGACAGACCAUUUAGUUUGGGUUUGAAGUAAUAUACCUACCCUGGCACUUAGAUAUUUCGUUUGGAAACAUUUUUGUUGUAUUUGUAAAACCUUACAUAUCAAUUUAAGUGCUAUUUUAUAUCAGAUUCUAGUGAAUUCUAUUUACAUAAAAAAUAUUUUAUACUUUAAUAUACAAGAUCACUAUUUUUAAAAGUUUACUAUUAAUUUUAAGACGGUGAUGGUUAAAUUUACUCAAGUCAAAAACGAAUCUACUUUAUACUCUAGUCUAAAAACGAAGGGACCAAACAUAGUCACAAACGGAGAAUGGUUUCAGAGUCUCAUGGAUGUGCACAACAAGCUGAUCGAAGACACUUUCUGACCGAAGACUGCUGGCGGAGGGCCAGAUACUGGGACUAACUAGGUUUUAUAAUUUUAUACAAGUGUUAUAUAAGAUCUAAAUUGUAAUAGAAUAAGCUAUAAAUGGAUAUGUAUAUUUCGAA